GCUUUGUGGGGCGGGGCUUCCUCCCUGGGCGCAAAAAAGGGUCUUCUGCACAAAAGAGGCGCCAGAGGCGGACCCGGCGGAGAGCAGGCGAGGAAGGCGCGGUGGUUGGGCUCCUGCUCGUGGACGCAGCCCUUGCAAAGAGGAGAACCAUGGCUGCCUUCUGAUCCUUCCCGGGAAGGGAGGCGUUCGGCUCGGACCCAAUGGCUGCGGCAAACAAGGGCACGAAGGCCAAGGCCACGGGGGUGCGCUUUGCCCCGACGCAGACGGUGGAGGGCUCCUCCAGCCACGUCCAUUUCGACGAGAAGCUCCACGACUCGGUGGUCAUGGUCAGCCGGGAGAAGGACGGACACUUCCUCGUCAAGGUGGGCUUCCUGAAGAUCCUGCACAAGUACGAGAUCACCUUUGUGCUGCCCUUUGUGCCGCUGCUGGGACGGGAAGUCUGUGCCGCCCCCCUCGCCAGCCUCCACCUCCGCGUCCUCAGCAUCGCCCCACACGCUGAAGGCUACAGCAUCAAGUGCGAAUACACGGCGCACAAGGAGGGGGUCCUGCGGGAGGAGAUGGUGCUCCAGAGCGAGACCAACGAGCGGGCCGUGGUCAAGGUGGUGGUCCAGGCACGGGUCAUGGACCGCCACCACGGGACCCCGAUGCUGCUGGAGGGGGUGAAGUGCGUGGGGACGGAGCUGGAGUACGACUCGGAGCAGAGCGAGUGGCACGGGUUCGACUAACCCUGGACGGCCUCGCUUGCCAACCCCGAGGCGCAUAUAUAUAUCUAUAUAUACAUGUAUAUGAGUUAUGUAUAUGUAUGGAAACCCGUAUCUCUAUGUUCCGGUUGAGCUUGAAAACACGCCACUGUUGCCGGAGAGGAGCCCCCCGCCUGGACCCUCCACCGGCCUCCGUGUGCCGCCCUUGAGCUGCGCUUGUCUUUUGUGGGACUCGGGAUGGGACGCCAUGCGCUUUGCUCCGGCCCCAGAACCCAUGGCGCUCGGAGCCACAGACUCUGGCUUCAGGCGCCGGUUUCAAAGGAAAGCCACGUUGCUCCUCCUCCUUGUUGUUUCCAAAAUCUUCCUUUUUCCGCCUCCGUGAGUGCGCGACGGAUUUCUGCGCAUGGCAUCGCUUGGGGGGGGGCGCAUUGUGGGAGUGGGAGGGACACAUCGCUGGGUUUUCGUUCUUGCCGUUUUGUCGUAUGCGAAGGGAAAGUUCCAAGGAAAAAAGAAUCUACUUUGGGCGCAUCUUCUGCCUUUGCGAUCGUUUUGGCGCAUAAGUCACUGCUCAAAGCAGGGCAAAUAAUCCAAAGAACCUACUGGUAAAAGUUUCCAGUUUGCAAUUUGGGUCAUUUGCAUUGCGUUGAACCUAAGAAUACCCAUGAGAGAGAAUUGCUGAUCAGGGAUAUUGAUCCCAAUGUUCCAGCCUUGGGACAAUUUCAUUCUCUUCUGUGUUUUUCAUGCGCAUCGGCCUCCUUCAACUGUGCAUUUUCCCAUUGUGCGGAGACAGCAAUGCUCAUCAUCCAAGACAGGGAGUGAUGGGCUUUGUAGUCCAACCAUAUUAUGCCAUUUCUGCGGAUGAUGGGAAUGAGAAUAUUUACUUUGUGCUGAAGCUGGGAAGACAUCUCUUUAGUUAUAAACAAUACCGAUAUUGAUCAGAGGCUGAUAAGUAUGUAUUGAUCCCCAAUAUUUCCAAGGCCAGCAUGGAGUUGAGUUGUUGAGUUUUCGUUUCGGUGUUUUCCUUGAAUCUGCCUGGUUCAACGGAACAUCUUUUCGAUAAUUUGGGACUACGAUGACCACUGUCCCAGCCAAGGAGUGAUAGGCAAUGUAGUCCUGAACUAUCACAACAUUGCAUUGGAUGACAGAAGAGCUGCCUCUUGCCUGCUUUUCCAAACUUCUCAACAGGAUCUGCAUGCGACACAAAGGCUUUUUGGAGCCUUGUUUUUGCAGGAAACGGGCCACAACUUGGCCCCAAAGGUGCCCCCGGUUUCCCACUGAGGAAAAAGCCCCCCAAAGACCCCCUUCGAGCCCGGUCUCCGCUUUCCCUUCAUUUCGCGCAAGGAAGGGCUUCUUUGCAAAAGACCUUUCGCUGCCUUGUUUGGAGUUCAAAACAUGGGCUUUCUUAUCUCUCUUCUCCGUUAAAAGCCAUAUAACAUAACAGUGUCUUGGAAAACCUUUUUGUUUCGGGUUUUGAUGUUGCUCUCAUUUAAAAAAAAUGUAGUUUUGUUGCUUAAGCGGCUGAGGGAGAAAAGGAAGGGGCCUGAGGCGGGUGGGAAUGGUGGGAGUUGGAGUCCAAAACACCGGAGGGAGGGAGGGCCCACGUUUGCCCAGGCCUGAUCUUCUCUUUCUUUCUUUCUCUCCUUUUUAUGACAAAGACAGAUUAAGAAUGUGUUGACUUCCUUGUUGUUGCAAGAAGAGCGACUGUUUUUCUAUGUGCCUAUAUACACAAACACACACACAGACAGACAUGCAAACGUAUAUAUAUAUAUAGAUAUCUUAAAAGAGAUGUUAAGUGUUUUGGGGUUUCUUUUUUUAAAGCAAAAGGUUCUCAAGGGAAAUAAUAAAUGUCAGUUGGAGGAAAAAUUUA